AUGAAAUUCCUAGUAGUAUUCGCUCUCUGCGCCCUCGCGGCUUCGGCCAAGCCGACUGAGCCUAUCCCUGAAGUCAAACCCGCUCCCAUCUCCGUUGGACCUGCUAUCAUUGACGGUGCGCCCAUCUUCGUGGGACCCGCUAUCGUUGGCGGUGAAUACGAGCCCAUCUCUGUUGGACCCGCUAUCGUUGACGGCGAAUACGAGCCCAUCUCCGUUGGACCCGCUAUCGUUGACGGUGUAUACGAGCCCAUCUCCGUUGGACCCGCUAUCAUUGACGGUGUAUACGAGCCCAUCUCCGUUGGACCCGCUAUCAUUGACGGUGUAUACGAGCCCAUCUCCGUUGGACCCGCUAUUAUUGACAACGAAGUUUCCGCUCCCGUAAGCUCUCCCCUAGUCCAAAUCAUCGUUAAUGUUAGCCCAAGCUCUGGCAUCGUUGGCAGUCCCGUUAUUGUUGAGGGUAUGCCUGAACCUGUGCCUAUUAGCGUUGACCCCGUUAUUAUUGACGAGAUCAAACCUACCCCCGUUAUUGUUGUUGAUCAGCCUGAACCUGUGCCUAUUAGCGUUGACCCCGUUAUUAUUGACGAGAUCAAACCUACCCCCGUUAUUGUUGUUGAUCAGCCUGAACCUGUGCCUAUUAGCGUUGACCCCGUUAUUAUUGACGAGAUCAAACCUACCCCCGUUAUUGUUGUUGAUCAGCCUGAACCUGAACCCGAAAAUGUGAUCAUCGUCGAACAACCUGAACCUGAAGCCCUCAUCCCUCCCGUCGUUGCCCUCCCUGGAAUUCUCAAC